AUUUUCUACUAGACAUUUACAACUUUUUACCCCGUUACAAAUUGCAUAACAAGCGCACGUUGCAGUCAGUACGCGCACUUGCAGAAACCUCCGCGGCCUCGUAUAUAUAGGUUUGAUGUUCUGGAAAUGACAGAAAUCCAGAACUUUGCCGAGGGGAGCUAUCUCUUCCAUUAAUUACCGAUUACUGUCAAUUCAGGUGAAAAUUAUACAAAUUACACGCUUUGUCCGCGACUUGUGUGUUUUUAUGAGCGUUGUCUAUCGAUUUGAGUGUCUUCUUCUUCCGACUUUCUGUAAACACGAGAUGACAAGACCACCUUUGUUUAUUUUGGUUGCUGUAGUAACGUCUCAUUUCCCAAGACUAUCAGGAGCUUUAGGUUUUCCCAAAUGCAAUUCAAAUCAUCUCCGCAUAAAUCAAGUCAGCCUUCCACCCGCACCUUGUCCUUAAGUAUUCAUCUGUGUAUAUUCAUAUAUUUUAAAAACUCCGAUAUUUCAGGAGCCUGACAUUGAUUUCCGUUGUUAAGCGAUGAAUACACGCCCAGAAUUGCAGUCUCCUGUCACCGACAAGAAUUAACCUCAUUACCAAACCCAGAUAGCAGUCUUGGUUCCGGACAGUGGGAAGUAUUAUCAGAAAUUGAAGUGUCUUCAUAUCAGACCGAACCUAUUUGUGACAAAUGAAGUCAAAAACUUGCAACCGAAAGAUGGCAACGCUGAAUAUUGUGGAUGUGAUUGUACCCGCUACUUAGAGAAUGGGGCUGAAGAAAACAUAGAGGCCAUAAUGUCCUGAGAACCAUGGCUGCAAGUGAUGUAUGCCAAGCUCACAACGGCCAUGUGAUCAACCAACAUGGGAUGUCACGUCCGAACUCUAAUCGGUACAGCAUGGCCAUCAGUGGUUCUCGUCCUAAAACAGACCAACCUUCGGUCACUCCUCGUGACGUCACUGACUUUAGGGACCAAGAUUCUCUGGUCUCCACAGAGAGGUCGAAACUCUUGCAACGACCGCUGACCGCAAGACCAGUCACCAGAAGAAGUAGAACUUUUGUCAAAGACGAGAACGGACAGAACGCUUUGGUUUAUCAUGGCAAUAUGUUGGGUACAGACAUUAAAAACUCACAUGACCCCAAGCAGGUGCCCUCUGUGAUAAACGGCUAUUACGAUUAUUGUCCAGGAUACAACAUUCAGGAGUUCAAAGGCAUCAUCCGUGACGAUGAGGACUACUAUCUUGAUAAGGACCCAAUCGAAUAUUUCUACAGCCCCGUGUUCGAUUUGUAUCCUUGUGGCUAUUUGCUGGCAAAUAAUUCAAAACUAGCUAAAGAUGGAAGUGAUUUUUCGUAUACACAUACCUCAAAGGGAGGAUUUAAAACCAAAGAGCUUUUCGAGGAAAGGAUGUCAAAGGAUACGAUUAAUACGGAUUCAUCAGAACAGAGCACUAAUAAAUCUGUCAGUGAUUUCACUCUUAGAGCAAAUCCCUACCCUCCCAAAAGCAGACUCCCUGUCCCCGUCUCCAACCCUACAUUCAAAAAAUCAACACUGAAACAUGACAACAGUCCAACUGUUCAAACUAUCGAGUAUCGCAGGGACUUGUUUGAACCCAAACAGAAAACAACUCCGAAGAGUUCAUUAGCAAACAAUUCAUCAUCAUUGUCACACGAUUAUCAAACUGAGCAAACAAAGGCGCCCAGCGAACGCACAGGCACGCUAUCUAACUCGAAAAUAAGUUACUUAGGCGCUAAAAGAAAACAAAAUGAUACACUGAUGAAAUCUGAUUUACCCAAAUCAAAGUUUGAUGUCCCUAGCAGAGACUAUAAUGAGAGGAAACAUAUCGUGUCUGAGGGGGAUUUACAUAAUCGACCUCCGAAAGACGAUCCGAGCACUCGCAUGAAAUCCCGCGAGAAGUGUUCAAGUAACAGGUUAGCAGAGUAUUCCCAAUACUCAUCAAACCACAUUGUGUCUAAAAAACCGUCGGAAUUAAACAUUGUUAAAACUCAAAUGAACGGAAAACAAUCAGUCAAGUAUCCAGGCAACCGAGAAAAGAGUCAUAAGUUUAAUGAGAAAUGGACGGCGACGGGUCGUGUGUUGGAUAAUCGUUCGCUUCUAACGAAGCAAAAAUUAGCAAGCAUAUCAAAUCAACAAACCAUGUUUAAACCCAAGACCCCCGGAAUUCCAAAUCAAAACAAGUCACGUGAUCAGUUUGCUGGAAGGCGACCUCUGUCGGAAGACAUAAACAAUAUCAUGAAAGACAAUAGCUUGGCGGAAGACAAAGAGGAAACCUCAUCUGGACUGGUUAAGGGGAGACAUCCUUAUUUACGGACAGGGAAGGUCACUUUACCGAAAAUCCGGCCGCAAACGGAGCGUCCGGUGUUAGUUGAACAGAAACCGGUAAAAUCGCCCCCUAGAAAAUUAAAACCAGUUUUGGUCAAAUUUGAUAAUAUGCACUUUUAAGAAAUCAAAUUAGAUGAUGAACAUAUAUAUUUAUGUGAACAAUUUGCAAACGAUAUGCUUGAUGAUCACAUUUUGCAAAUCUGUAAAUUACUGAUAGGUAUACAUGUACAUGUAAUACGAUUGUGCAAUUUCACGUCAUUUAAAUCCAUUGCUUGCACGUCUACUUUUUAAAAUGUUUUCUGGACACCUUGAAUAUAAUCCAAUUAUAUCUCUUUACACGAACUUAUACACGUUGUGAUAUACUCAGGUAAGAUUUGAAGAGGUCUUGCCAAUUCAGUCUUUUAGACUUGUAUGUUUUAUUGUAAUCAAAUUAAAUGUACACAACUACGGGGUGCAAAACGGUGCUUAUGUUGAAUAAGAAAAUAAAUCAACCUGUCUAAAGGUUUGAAAGAACUGAAGCAGUGAGAAAUCUUUAUGUGCCAAGACAAUGUCUCAAACAGACUGCUUUCUUUUAAUUUUAUAUACUGAGAAUGUCUUUCUGUUUCUUUGGAUUGGGCAUAGCCAUGUGUACUCUUAUUGGAAAAAUGUAGAAAUGUAUCAUGACGAAUUUGGUUGAAUAAUAGGAAAAUAUAAAAAAAUUAAAAUACUGCAUAGUGGUGAAGAUUAUUGUACACCUCUGACCUUAUCAGCUGUACUCUCUCCUCAGUGUUAGACAUACGGGGCUCGCUCUCACAAUAUCUUUUUUAGCUCACCUGAGCUGAAAGCUCAAGUGAGCUAUUCUGAUCACAUUUUGUCCGUCGUCCGUCUGUCCAUCCGUCCGUCCGUCCGUCCGUCCGUCCGUCCGUCCGUCUGUCCGUCUGUAAACUUUUUACAUUUUGAACUUCUUCUCUAAAACCGCUUAUCCAAUUUCAACCAAAUUUGGCACAAAGCAUCCUUAUGGGAGGGCGAAUAUAAAUUGCAGAAAUAAAAGUUUGAUCUGUAUUCAAAGCGGAGAAAACCUUGAAACUGUAGAAAAAGGGGGGUGCAUUUUUAAAAAUCUUCUUCUCAAGAACUACCGAGGCAAAUUCAACCUAGUUUAGCAUAAAUUAUCCUUAUGGGAAGGAAAAUAUAAAUUGCAAAAAUUAAGUGGUAAUUCUGUUUCAAAUCUGAGUUAUUACGAAAAUAAUAAUAA